AAGGCGGGGCACCGAAGUGAACAUGGAAGAAGAUGGUGGUGUUGAUCCACGGCAGAAGCCGUUUUUCGGUGAGAUUACUGGUGAGAACGUAGAAGAUAACGGUCCCGUUGAAGUGGAAAGUCUGUGUAUGGAUUGUGAGAGAAAUGGAAAAACAAGACUAUUGCUGACAAAAAUCCCUAUGUUCAAGGAAGUGGUGGUUUCAUCUUUCCAUUGCCCUCACUGUGGUGCCUCCAAUAGCAGCAUACAAUCCGGAGCUGCAAUGGAACCGAAAGGAGUGAAAUAUAAAUUCAGUGUGCAGCAUCCAGAGGAUUUAAAUCGACUUAUUGUAAAGGCAGACACAGCAACUGUGUGUGUUCCUGAGUUGGAUUUUGAAAUCCCUCCAUCGACCAAUGAAGGGAGUAUAACAACAAUAGAAAGUAUACUCCUGAAAGCUGCUGUAGGGCUGGAAAAGGAACAGCCUGUAAGAAAGGCACUGAAUCCUGAUCUAGCAGCAAAGCUGGAUAUGUUCAUUCAACAACUAAGGGACUGUGUAGAACUCAAGCAAAAGUUUACAUUUGUGAUUGAUGAUCCAGCUGGAAACAGUUAUGUUGAGAACAAACUAGCCCCAAUGGCAGACCCGUCCCUGAAUGUGGAGCACUAUUCGAGGUCUGAACAGCAAGAUAAACAAUUAGGAGCUAACAUAACAACUCAGGAAACUCUUGCAACGAUGACAAUGUUACCUCAGCUCGUUUUCCUGGCUGUGGCCUUCAGUGGUAGGUCAACAGACAUCCCCCACUUCAAGCAAGUUGUAAUAAUGGCCACCACAUGUAACUACUGUGGUUAUAAUAGCAAUGAAGUCAAGUCUGGGUGUGGGGUUUCUGAAACUGGUACAAGGACGGUGCUCAGAAUUGCAAACAUAUCAGAUCUGAACCGGGAUGUAAUCUUUUCUGAAACAUGUGUACUACACAUUCCAUCUCUGGAUUUUGAAUGCUCUCAUUCAAGUGUUGGUGGCCGGUUUACAACUGUGGAAGGAAUGCUAUCAGAGAUGAAGAUGCAGCUUCAGAGAUCAAAUCCAUUUCUGGGAGAUUCAGUGCAACUUUCCCAUUUGACUCUGUUUUUGGAGAAACUGUCAGAGGUUUUUUUAUAAUCUUACAAUGUAGCAACUUUAUGGCAGUGAUCACUAGCCCAGUCCAACAAUUAGCUGCAUUUUUCACGUAAUGUAUAGUUUAUACAUAACGCACGAACUUGUUGUGCUAUUAUUAAAGUGUGGAGAUGUGUAAGCGUAACACAAAUAGCUUUCUCACCAGGUCCUGGGCAUGUAUAGCUUUCUUCUUGUGCUAUUGCACGGGAGAGCUAUAGACCAAAGCGUAAAAACAAAAACUCAGUUUCCUGUGUCCUAGUGUAAGGCACUGUAUUUUCACGAGUUAUGGAUAAAGCACUGCAGUACCAAAAGCUUUUUUGCAGUUCACACCUUUGAGCUAGCAGUUAUAUUUCUGUUUUCCUAGAUUAUUAACGGCAAAAAACUUGAUGUAGGCAUCAUAUUAGACGAUCCAGCAGGAAAUUCAUUCAUCCAAGUAAGUACCUAUGUAAAGAAUAUAAUGAGCUUCUGGCGGCGAAGAGCAUUCAACUGUUAGUUUAUCGAAACACAGCACACUAUUCUGUGAUACGGUCUGGCUGGCCUCCAAAAACAUUUGAAAUAUUUGUGAGUUUUCGAAUCUGUACAGCAGCAUGGGUUAUUUAAGGCAUAACCUUACGCAACGCUCCUUUGCCACCCUUACAUAAGUGGCUCAUGGUUCCGUGUACAUAUAACACUAUACAACUCACUGUGUGUGAUUAGACUACUUAUGUCAACUUACUGUGUAUGAUUGGACUAUCUCAAAACCCUAGACCCCAUUUGGACCUCCCGAAAGUAACCUUGAUGAUGCUUAUAAUAAUUAUGAGGGGUCCACACAUUCGCAACGAGGGUUACAGUACUUAGUGUUUCAGUCUGUCUGUAGUACUAUUAUGCCACCAAAGGCUGCAAAGUGGCUAAUUACAGUUGUACAAAGGCAUCAAUACAUCUAACACGCUUUAGGUAAG